AAUGAGAUGAGAAAUUUUAACGUGAAACUCAACAACUGCGUAGGAGUAUGACAGUACAACAGGCAGAGUCAAGACAGUCAAUGCAAAUCAGAGGUCAAAGCAUUGACUCAACACCCGCAUGGAAUGGGGUAUAAAAGGGCUGGGAAGGAAGGGGUUGUCAUACUCAGUGGCCUGGAUUUCUCAGCUAUUCUCAACAACCUGUGAAGUGCUGCCUGAUACCAUGACCUCCUGCGUCAGCUCUGUCCACUGUCUGGGUAGCAGCAGGUUUCCUGGAGUAAGAAACGUCUGCAUGCCUCCCACUGAAACUGGGUGCCAUCCUGUGGCAGAAGCUGUUUCCCCAUGCCUGCUGGCCACCAUGGCACAUGCCAACCGAAUCCGUGUGCCCCCCACCCCUCUGGGCAGACCCAGUCUCUGUCUGCCCAACAGCUGCCAUAGUGCUUGCCCCUUGCCAGGGACUUGUGACAUCCCAGGCAACAUUGGGAGCUGCGGGGCCUAUGGAGAAGGCACCCUGAACGGCCAUGAGAAGGUGACCAUGCAGUUCCUGAAUGACCGUCUGGCCAACUACCUGGAGAAGGUGCGUCAGCUGGAGCGGGAGAAUGCGGAGCUGGAGACCAAGAUCCUUGAGUGGAGCAAAUGCCAGGAGCCUAGCCUGUGCCCGGACUACCAGAGUUACUUCCGCACCAUUGAGGAGCUCCAGCAGAGGCUCCUGUGCAGCAAGGCAGAGAAUGCCAGGCUGGUUAUCCAGAUUGACAAUGCCAAGUUGGCUGGCGAUGACUAUAGGAUCAAGCACGAGAGCGAGCACUCCCUGCGCCAGGUGGUAGAGGCAGACAUGUGCGGGAUGCACAAGCUCAUGGAUGACCUGACCCUGGCCAAGGCCGACCUGGAGGCCCAGCAAGAGUCUCUGAAGGAGGAGCAGCUCUCCCUCAAGAGCAACCAUGAGCAGGAAGUGAAGAUUCUGAAGUCCCAGCUGGGGGACAAGCUUCGCAUUGAGCUGGACACUGAGCCCACUGUGGACCUGAGCAGGGUGCUGGCGGACAUGCGGUGCCAGUAUGAGGCCAUGGUGGAGACCAAUCGCCAAGAUGUGGAGCAGUGGUUCCAGGCUCAGUCUGAAGGCAUCAGCCUGCAGGCCACGUCCUGCUCUGAGGAGCUGCAAUGCUGCCAGUCGGAGAUCCUGGAGCUGCGCUGCACAGUGAAUGCCCUGGAGGUGGAGCGCCAAGCCCAGCACAACCUGAAAGACUGCCUGCAGAACUCCUUGUGCGAGGCUGAGGAGCGCUUUGGCACUGAGCUGGCCCAGAUGCAGAGCCUGAUCAGCACUGUGGAGGAGCAGCUGUCUGAGAUCCGGGCUGACCUGGAGCGGCAGAACCAGGAGUACCAGGUGCUGCUGGACGUGAAGGCCCGUCUGGAGUGUGAGAUUGCCACGUACCGGAACCUUCUGGAGAGUGAGGACUGCAAACUCCCCUGCAAUCCCUGUUCCACGCCUGCCAACUGUGCCUUUCGUCCCUCAGCUGGUAUCCCAUGCUGAGAGCAGAAUCUGAGGAUCUAAGUCCCAACUCUGGCGAUUAAGGCUGGUUGCACUGGGACUGGAAUUGAUUUCACCUUGCUCAGUCUUCUUUCCAGAAAGACCAUCCCACUGGAGGCCUUUGCACUAGAUAAACAGAUUUCUCUAAG